CCACUGCUGGUUGCUAUGCAUGAGUAGACCACUGCUGGUUGCUAUGCAUGAGUAGACCACUGCUGGUUUCUAUGCAUGAGUUGACCACUUCUGGUUGCUAUGCAUGAGUUGACCACUGCCGGUUGCUAUGUAUGAGUUGACCGGGAGACCUUGCACGAGUACAUGCUGUACCCUGCAGCAGCCGUCGCAGCAUAUGUGGUGUGGGACGACCGAUGGAGAGGCAAUCGCCACAGCACAGUGCAGCAUAUGCACUGCGAACGUUUUCCAUGCGACGUACGUGCGGCUGAGUAUGCGGCCGCGUGAGAAGCACGCACCACACGCAGAUAACUACCAACCACCCGUACAAGAACACUCUAAACUAUACCCGAGGCUAAAUUAUGUUAAGACUCGCGAUGAUACCUACACCUACACGAGUGUACCAACCUCCAUACAGAGCGUAGCCAAGAACCCUGGCCAGACCAUGACUUCAUUUGGCUCCACAGACUACAUACGGCUAUCAGGCUUUGAUACAAACGCUACCUCGCGAAAGACUUGAUAUCUUUAAAUAAACUAGAGCACUAUGCUCAUGUAUCGCG